CUAGGACUCAUUCAGCACACAGGCACCUUCUGUUAGUACUAAUAUGAGUUUUGGACGUCUAGAAUCGCAGUUCAGGCUGAAGGUCUUUGGCAGACUGCAAGUAAUUCGGCAACAUUUGAGAAUGUCUAAUCACACAGUGAAAGAUGGAGGUUGUCUGCUUACAAAGGCUGGAUGUGCAGGAGUAAUUACUUUGAACAGACCUAAGGCACUUAAUGCCCUAAACCUUGGCAUGAUCAGACAGAUUUAUCCUCAGUUGAAGCUGUGGGAAGAAGAUCCUGAGACCUAUCUGGUAAUUAUUAAAGGAGCUGGUGGCAAAGCAUUUUGUGCGGGUGGGGACAUCAGAGCUGUUACAGAUGCAGGAAAAGUUGGAGACAGACUUGCACAAGAUUUUUUCAGAGAAGAAUAUAUUCUAAACAAUGCUAUUGGUACCUGCAAGAAACCUUAUGUUGCAGUUAUCGAUGGCAUUACAAUGGGAGGUGGGGUGGGUCUGUCAGUCCAUGGACAUUUCAGAGUAGCAUCUGAGAAGACUCUCUUUGCAAUGCCUGAGACAGCAAUAGGGCUCUUUCCUGAUGUUGGUGGAGGAUAUUUUUUGCCUCGACUUACUGGGAAGCUCGGCUUGUAUCUUGCGCUUACUGGAUUCCGAUUAAAGGGAAGUGAUGUACAGAAGGCAGGAAUAGCAACCCACUUUGUUGAAUCAGAAAAGCUUUCAUCCCUUGAACAAGAUCUUGUUGCCAUGAAGUCCCCUUCAAAAGAGAAUGUUGCUGAUGUGCUGGAUUCGUAUCAAAAAAAGAGUUAUGCUGCUCAGGACAAGCCAUUUGUACUUGCAGAAAACAUGGACAAGAUAAACAGCUUAUUCUCUGGCAACACUGUAGAAGAAAUCAUGGAAAAUCUGAAAGGUGACGGCUCUUCUUUUGCAAUGAAACAGCUCCAGACGCUUUCCACAAUGUCACCAACAUCCUUAAAAAUAACAUUCCGGCAGCUCAAGGAAGGUGCUUCCAUGUCAUUACAAGAAGUACUUACUAUGGAGUAUCGCCUCAGCCAGGCCUGCAUGAACGGACAUGAUUUUUAUGAAGGUGUAAGAGCUGUUUUGAUUGACAAGGACCAGAAAGCCAAGUGGAAGCCUGAGUCAUUAGAAGAAGUGACAGAGGAUUAUAUAGAUAGCUGUUUCACAUCCCUUGGAAGUCGAGACCUCAAGCUGUAAUCACAUUUUCCAUUUUCUUUGUAAGAAGCCUUUAUGUGGGAGUAGACGUAGAUAUAAAACCUUUCACAAUAAAUUUGCUAAUUUAAUAUUGUCAAA